CCAAUUUCCUCCUCUUUGCUGGGCACCGAUGAUGGCACGCAGGUUCCAAAUUUCUGCACCCUGGCCCAACUCUCUCUCCGCCGCGCCACCGCUCCAUUUUUCCGACCAAACUACCGGCGACUCGGACUACUCUUCCAGUUCCCUUGCUUGUUCGUAAAUCGUACCAUUAUGGCCUCAACCCCCUCAAACUCUGUUCAAUCGGGUCGGAUUCGGGUUUUGAAAGAUGUAACGGGUUCUCUCGAUCGACCUGUGGGUCCGGUGGUUUAUUGGAUGUUUAGGGAUCAAAGGGUGAAAGACAAUUGGGCGUUGAUGCACGCCGUUGAUGAGGCCAACAGAGCCAAAGUUCCUGUUGCUGUUGCCUUCAAUUUGUUCGAUCAAUUUUUGGGGGCAAAAUCUCGGCAUUUAGGGUUUAUGCUUAGAGGUCUGCAACAACUUCAGUAUGAUCUCGAAGAAACGCUUCAAAUCCCUCUCUUCUUGUUCCAGGGGGAAGCAGAACAUACUAUACCAAAUUUCAUUAGAGAAUGUGGGGCUUCGCUUCUGGUUACAGACUUCUCGCCGUUACGAGAAGUUCGGAAGUGUAAAGAGGAAAUUUGUAAGAGGGUAGAUGAAUCAGUUAAAGUUCAUGAAGUUGAUGCCCACAAUGUGGUACCCAUUUGGAUUGCGUCUGAGAAAUUGGAGUAUAGUGCAAAAACUUUAAGGGGCAAGAUAAAUAAAAAGCUCCCGGAAUACCUUAUUGAUUUCCCUGCUCUGCUUAUACCAACUAGGAAAUGGCCUUCCACUGAUAAGUUUAUUGAUUGGGACAGACUUAUUGAAGAUAACUUGAGAAAAGGAGCAGAUGUUCCUGAAAUUGAAUGGUGUAAACCAGGGGAAAAGGCUGCAAUGGAAGUAUUGAUGGGCAGUAAAGAUGGGUUUUUGACUAAGAGGUUGAAGAGCUAUGCAAUAGAUAGAAACAAUCCAUUGAAACCUAGGGGGCUCUCUGGCCUCUCCCCAUAUUUGCAUUUUGGUCAAAUAUCCGCACAACGCUGUGCCUUAGAAGCUCGUAAUGUUCGAAAACUCAAUCCACAGGCCGUUGAUAUGUUUCUCGAGGAGUUGAUUGUUAGAAGGGAACUUGCUGAUAAUUACUGCUACUACCAACCGCACUAUGAUUCACUGCUCGGGGCUUGGGAAUGGGCACGUAAAACCUUGAUGGAUCAUGCUUCCGAUAAGCGAGAACACGUUUACACGAGGGAGCAACUGGAGAAGGCGCAGACUGCUGACCCACUCUGGAAUGCUUCUCAGUUGGAGAUGGUCUUCCAUGGAAAGAUGCAUGGUUUUAUGAGGAUGUACUGGGCCAAAAAGAUUUUGGAGUGGACAAGAGGACCUGAGGAAGCCCUGGAAAUUUGCAUAUACUUGAAUGACAAGUAUGAAAUCGAUGGGAGGGAUCCAAAUGGAUAUGUCGGGUGCAUGUGGUCGAUCUGUGGCGUUCACGACCAGGGCUGGAAAGAGCGACCUAUAUUUGGGAAGAUACGGUACAUGAACUUCGCUGGGUGCAAGAGGAAAUUCGAUGUGGAUGGCUACAUAGCUUAUGUGAAGAGAGUUGUGGGUGAAAUGAAGAAAAGAAAAGCAGAGGAGGUUGUGGUGGACAGAAAGGCAAAGGAAAGCCGUUGCUAGUAAAUGUUUAGUUGCCGAGAAGCAUAACUGUAGUUAUAGUUUCAUGAAAGAGAACAUAUAUAUCUCCUUAACUACUCAUUGUAGUUUGUAACUCGUAAGCCAUUGUUGUGUCAAUUUAGGUGGGACGAUUAAUUUUUUGUACCAAGGCAAUGACAUAACCAUAGUCCAGAUUCAAACUUGGAAUGGCAGCAGACGGGGUACUAAGUUUAGGGAAAGAUUGGAGAGAUGGGUUUGUAAUGAUUCAUGUGGGAAUUGUUCUUGAAGUUGAAAGUGUUUCAUCUUGACUCAUUGGUUUUGUUCAAUGAGAACUACAUGUUUAUA